UAAAGCCGCCGUUUCACACACCUCCCGCAAUCUGCACCUUUCUGUAUAGGACGAGGGUAGGACAGCAUUGCUGCUGCUGUCAGUUUACUGGUACAUGCUCGGACAAACUGGGACUUCACACUGUUGCUCUUUUUAUUAUGGGAAAUACAUAAAUUGCUUCACCUGCAAGUGAAACCUGUUUUACUAUCAUGAAAAGUAAGUUUUAGGCAUUGCGGAUCGGUUUGGAAGAAAAGCCAACCGGUGUCUUUAUUAGCUUGUCCCGAUAAAGGCGAUGGAUUUGCAGAAGUUGGGCGAAGCGUCCUCCGCAUUGCUGGGAUGCGUGGCGGCGCAGAGGAACUUAACGGGAAACGGCACGGAAAACGGGACCGCGGACGCUGUGGAUGCCGCCACCUGUGGAAACGCGUCCGCUGUUGUAAGGCUGCAGCCCGGGAGACAAAGGGAGAUGGACUCUGUGCGAAUCCUGCUCUACACGCUCAUCUUCCUCUUGGGCGUCUUCGGAAACCUCCUCAUCAUCAUGGUGCUGAUGAUGAACAAGCACAUGCGUACAGUGACCAACUCCUUCCUGCUGUCACUGGCCGUCAGUGAUCUGAUGAUGGCCGUCUUCUGCAUGCCCUUCACGCUCAUCCCUAACCUGCUGGAGGACUUCAUCUUUGGGGCGGCUAUGUGCAAGAUCGUCGCUUACCUUAUGGGAAUAUCAGUGAGCAUCUCUACAUUCAGCCUAGUCGCCAUAGCAAUCGAAAGGUACAGCGCCAUCUGCAACCCGCUCAAGUCUCGGGCGUGGCAGACCCGCUCGCACGCCUACCGGGUCAUCGCGGCGACCUGGAUCCUCUCCCUGGUCAUCAUGGCUCCGUACCCCAUCUUCAGUGGCCUGGUGACCUUCAGCAAGUCCAACAUGACCACAGCACACAUGUGUCGUCUGAGUUGGCCGCGGAGCCAGGUGGAGCAGUCAUGGUACAUCCUGCUCCUGUUCAUCCUCUUCUUCAUCCCUGGAGUGGUGAUGAUCGUUGCUUAUGGACUCAUAUCCAGAGAACUCUAUCGGGGCAUACAGUCAGAGCUGGAGCAGAAGAAAGAGUCCACUGGCCAGAAGAACGGCCUGAACGUGGUGGUGUCGUCUGGCGGCGACGAGGGCGACGGCUGCUACCUGCAGGUGGCCAAGCGGUCCAGCACCAUGGAGAUGUCGGCGCUGGCCCCCGCAGCUGGCGGCCGGGUGGAGAGGCCCCGCAGCAACACCUCGGAGGCCCGGCUGACGGCGAAGAAGCGCGUGAUCCGCAUGCUCAUCGUCAUCGUGGCCAUGUUCUUCGUGUGCUGGAUGCCGCUAUACUCGGUGAACACCUGGAAGGCGUUCGACCUAUACUCGGCACACCACGCCCUCUCGGGGGCACCCAUCUCCUUCAUCCACCUCCUGUCCUACACGUCGGCCUGCGUCAACCCCGUCAUCUACUGCUUCAUGAACAAGCGCUUCCGCAAGGCCCUGCUGGCCACCUUCGCCACCUGCUGCCGCCCAUGCCGUCGUAGGGGGCGGCCCGUCCCGCCCGACGAUGACAUCACCGCCAUCGGCACCUCGCUCUCCAAAUUCAGCUACACCACUGUCAGUACCGUGGGGCCACCCUGAUGGCUAGAUGCCUCACAUGAAAGCGGGAGCCAUAAACCUUAUUAUUUAUUUAUCUAUCUAUUUAUUUAUUUAUUUAUUUGCCCCCCCCACACACUCACACUUUCACUGACCAACAAACAGUUCACGAUUACACUCCCAUCUACUUGUGUCCCUAUGGAAUAUGGUAGCUAUAGCCUAGGAGAGCAAAUUGCCAUGGUGACUAACGAGCAGGGACACCCCUCUGUGUUCCGGGCAACGCUUUCAUUGUUGACUUUGUUAUCACGUGGUAGAAGGUAUCAAGCAGGUGGCCGGGGUUCUACAGCAGGGCAGACGUGUGACCUACAUCCGAUGUUCGUAUCACAAAGGAAAAUUUGCUCGGUAGGUUUCAUGAGCGAGCUACAUAAAUUCCCCCAGGGGGAAAAGUAAACACCGGCACAAUCCCAGAGUGCUAGAGGUUUGUUUUGUGUGCAUUGUAAGACGUAACACAUACGGCAAUGGGUGAUGGCUCUGGGUCAUACCACUGGGUUAAGUUUUGUGGUGUUCCAGAACCAUCGCCCAUUGCCAUAUGUGGUUUGUUCCAUAGCUGUGGUUCUUACCUCGUGUUCGGUUAUAUUGGUCAGAGGGGAACUUUUAUGUGAUUGCACUAUAUAUCCAUCCAUUAAUCCAUCCAUUCUAAUCGUUUAUCUUGGUCAGGGUCAGCGGGAAGACCCCAGCUGGCCAUGGGUGCUCUCUAAAACUCCAUUAUGAGAUAAAACAUUUAGACAUCAUUAGCACUGUUUUGGUUUUACAGCCAAAAAUCAUAAAAUAUGCCAAAAUAAUGCCCCCUUGAGUGUACAUUAAGGCCUUGAAUCUUACCUGUUCAAAAGAAGAUAUUAAUUUAAGUAACUGCAAUAAUCAGAGAACUGUAACCAGGGAGUUUUAUACCUGAUUCAGAUUUAAAACCUUGCAAGUAGAUCUGCAUAACACAGGGAUUGGAGGAAUCAACGGGACCUUUUAUUUGGGUUAACGAGUUUCACAGUUUGGAGGGAAGACAGUAGACCUAAACGAAAGGGGAGCAGCCAGGGAACAGAUGCUGUUGAUUGGCGUAGAGAGAGAUGAUAGAGACAGGGCUUUGGAGAUGAGGCCAGUUCUGCGAGAAGCGUCUGUCUGCGGAUUGCGAGAUGUAGGGGCGUCGCCUGUGGUAGGAAGUGUGUUUCAUACUUCUAUAAAUCAUGUCAAUAAUAUAAGUUGAAACUCAGGAUAGCUCAAUGGCAUAAACCUGCCUAGGUUAGUAAUGAAGACUGGUUAUUUAUGUAACUUACUUAUCAAUCUGUCUAAUCUAAAUCAUUUUUUCUGUUAAGUUUGAUUCUAUUAGAUAAAUUCUAA